CUAGUAAAACAGGGCCAAAAAGACUCUUCUUUACUAACCGACUGUGUCGAGAAGGUGGAUAUUAUUCUCCAUUGUUAAUCGCUACGAACGAAACGAAACUGUAAGCAAAUUCGAAAGCUACAAUGUCCGACCAAACUUCCUCUCGCGACGCGGCGUCCAAUCAGCUCGACGCCUACGCUUCCCAAAGAUACGUCGUCUCGCCAGCGAUAGAACUAUUAAAGGCCAGUAAUGGUGCACCGGUGGAUUCCCUUACUGCGAGUAUGACGGCAGGUCCUCGGGGACCGAUCGUGUUGCAGGAUUUCACUUUACUCGAUCAUAUGGCUCGUUUCGAUCGCGAGCGCAUUCCUGAACGUGUUGUACACGCCAAAGGCGCCGGAGCAUUUGGAGUUUUCCAAGUCACCAGCCCAGAACCCAUUCGAUCCGUUUGCAAGGCCCAAGUGUUUCAGAGUAUGGAACCCACGCCGGUGGCGGUACGUUUCUCCACCGUAGGGGGAGAGACCGGUUCGGCCGAUACUGCUCGCGAUCCACGCGGAUUUGCCGUCAAGUUUUACACCACCGAGGGCAAUUGGGAUUUGGUGGGGAACAAUACGCCCAUUUUCUUCAUUCGUGAUCCUAUGCUGUUCCCUUCCUUCAUUCAUACACAAAAACGGAAUCCGGCUACACAUUUGGCCGAUCCAGACGCCUUCUGGGAUUUCAUUGGUCUGCGUCCGGAAACUACCCAUCAAGUAACGUUUCUCUUUUCGGAUCGCGGCACUCCGGACGGCUACCGUCACAUGAAUGGGUACGGGUCGCACACGUUCAAAAACGUGAAUAGUAACGGCGAAGCUGUCUACGUCAAGUACCACUGGAAAACCGACCAGGGUGUGGCCAACUUGGACGCCGAGCACGCGGCGCGGUUGGCGGCUUCCGAUCCUGACUACGCGACACGCGAUUUGUACAACGCCAUUGCAACCGGCAACUACCCCUCGUGGACACUGUACGUGCAAAUCAUGACGUACGCCGAGGCGGCAGCGGUCGACAUUAAUCCCUUUGAUUUAACCAAAGUUUGGCCACAUUCUCGUUUCCCGCUCCACGAAGUCGGACGAAUGACCCUGAAUCGCAAUCCGAAAGACUACUUUGCCGAAGUGGAACAAUUGGCAUUUGCCCCUUCUCACCUGGUUCCCGGCAUCGAACCGUCACCAGACAAAAUGCUCCAAGCGCGAUUGUUUUCCUAUCCCGAUACGCACAGGCACCGAUUAGGGACAAACUACCAAGCCAUUCCUGUCAAUGCCCCACGCAAUAUAUCUGCAGCACAGCAGCACAAUUACCAGCGAGACGGGCCAAUGCAGGUGACAGAAAAUGGUGCGGGCGCGCCCAACUACUUUCCCAAUUCGUUUGGUGGAGUGCAACCACCGCCAGCUACAGCCCACGGCCCCGAGCUUGCGUGGCACGCCGAUACGGUAUCGGGUCAGGUUGUCCGGAUCGAUACGGGCGAUGAGGAUAACGUUUCGCAGUGUCGAGAUUUCUACCGCAACGUCCUGGACCAGGCCGCCCGCGCUCGCUUGACAGACAACCUGGCUGCUCAUCUGUGUCGGGCGCAGCCGUUCCUGCGGGCCCGGGCGAUCCACAACUUUACCCAAGUCGACUCCACCUUUGGUGCGCAGCUGAAAGCAGCAGUGGCACAAAAGGUGAUGCAUACGCCGCCGCCAUCCCAGAGCAGGCGUCGUCCGGCAAAGUUGAAUCCACCCCGAAUCGUACCGCCACCAACGGCUUCAAGAGGCUUGUGUCCAGCCGGUUAUGGGAAUCAAGGUAGUCCAGCCCACGGGUACGCUAGUAAGCUUUAGGGAUUUCAGGGACGUAUUAACUG